AUGGCGAGCGGGCGGUUCAUGGAGGAGAUGAUGAGGGAGCACGAGCAGAGCCUGCUGGAGGCGACGUGCGGCGGCCUGUUCGACCACAUCGAGGACCUGCUCGACUUCCCCAAGGAGGACUCGGCGGCGGACGUGCUGCUCCUCGACGCGCCGGUGCCUGACAGCCCCCUCGCCGCGCGCGUCCUCGCCGGCGGCGCGCCCCCGCCGGCGCCGGCCUCGCUGGAGCAGCAGCAGCAGCAGGCGGCGUCGCUCUUGGUGCCCCCGCCGCCGUUGCCCGCCGGGGACCACUCCGCGGCCUUCCUCGGCGCCCUCGGAGACACCCACAUUGGCACGUGCGACGAGCUUGACAUGGACAUGGCGCAGCUCGAAUGGCUGUCAGGGCUGUUCGACGACACCUCCAUCCCGCACGAGCCGGCCUUCGCCUGCGCCGCGCCCAUCAUCAGGGCCUCCGCGCUCUCGGCCAACGCCGGCGUCGUGCUGCCCGACAAGAUGGAGGACGCGCUCUUCCGCAGCUCCAGCCCCACCUCCGUCCUCGAGGACGGCGGCGCCAACAAUGCCAACAUGAACAUGAACAACAACAGCGGGGGCUCCUCGGCGUCGUCGACGUCCUCAUCGGCGUCCUCCUCCUCGGAGUCCUUCUCCGGGAGCGGCCGCCCGUGGUCCGUGCCGCUGUCGCCGCGCCCGGAGCCGCCGGUGCUCGUCAUCCCGGCGCGCGCGCGCAGCAAGCGGUCCCGCGCCUCCGCGUUCCCCGCUGCCAUCCGCGCCGCCGUGCCCGCGCCCGAGGCCACCAUCCUGGUGCCGACGCCCAUGUUCUCCUCCACCUCCUCCUACUCAGAGGAGCCCGAGUGCAUUGCCGAGUCCAACUCGCAGCCCAAGAAGAAGAAGAAGGCCAAGAGGCCGACCCCUCCGGUCACCUCGGACGCCGAGGGCGACGCCGACUACGAGGAAGGCAGCGGCGGCGCCGCGCUCGCGCCCGGCGAGGUGCGGAGGUGCACGCAUUGCCAGAUCGACAAGACGCCGCAGUGGCGCGCGGGGCCGCUGGGGCCCAAGACGCUCUGCAACGCCUGCGGCGUGCGCUACAAGUCCGGCCGCCUCUUCCCGGAGUACCGCCCGGCGGCCAGCCCCACCUUCGUGCCAGCCAUCCAUUCCAACUCCCACAAGAAGGUGGUGGAGAUGCGCCAGAAGGUUGAACCCAAGGGCGACGACCUGCUGCAGUUCAUCCGCCGCCGGGAUUGA